UGACUGUCAAGAUGUUUAUUCCCUGUGUUUAGCGUGCCAGGCGGAUUUCAUUAGCUUUUUUCGCCAGGAAUACCAGACGUAUAACACAAACCAUUGGUAUAAACCUAAUCUACUUAAAUUUAUCUCUAAUUUAAUAAAAAAAUUUAUUGGUGAAGGUGGAUGCUGGGUGAAACCAAACUGGGAGGAAAUUCUGCCUGAAAGGAUAGUUCAGGGCAAAAAUACCUGCUUUUAUGUUUCUCAAUUGAAAGCGUUCAUUUCAGAUCAUAAGGUGAGUUGCAUGUGGAUAAAUAUGAGAAGUGACAUACAACUGUGUUUGUACAAUAUCAUAUCUCAAGUACCUGUAAGUGUUUAUAUACAAUUCAAAUGUUCAGUGGUUAUGUCUGUAAUAUUGCAUGAAUUGUCCCCUUGUUGCACAUUAUUUCCUAUAUGUAUAGGUAACAGAACAAGUAUGAAAUACAUGCAUUAGUUCCUACACAUUCUGCAGAAAAUGAAAAAGAAAAGCACAGAGGACACAGAGGAGGCCGAGCAUCAAGUCAUUGUUUAGCGGGUCCCCCCACCUGGCCAUCAUUUCCACAAUGGCUGCUGUCCGCUGAUUCAUCCAAAGCUGUAGAUCUGAUGAAUGUGGUCCAUUUCUGGGUCAGUGAACAGAGUGCCAUACUGCCACACUGAAUAGGGAACAGAGAGGAGAGGCCACAGCUGUCAAACUACACACACUCAACACACACUGCAAUUACACUGUCAACCCAGCAUUCAAAUGCUGAUACACACUGUAUAUCCUCCACCAAGAGGCAGCAGUUUGAAGCACUGUGAAUGUAAGUACUCUGCAGUCAUUUACCUUUUUUCCUGCUCAUGACAUGUGCAUUAGAUAGUACUUCCUUUUAAUAAUGCAACUAGAAAUAGAAAUAUUUCACUAAGCAAACAGAUAAUGUGUUGAAUGUGUUUCUGUAGUUGCUUAAAGCAGGUAGUGUGAAUUUGUCAGCAGGUUUCCUGACAGUUUCAACAACUCCUCCCAUGGCAUGAGUAAGAGGAUGCCUUUUCUGUUUGUGUCUUUAAAUUAAGCUUGUUGAAGUUGUCGUAAAGCUUGAAGUAAGGUAUGUGGCAUAUUUUAGAGUUAGAUUCUUAUUUAGGACAUUGUGCUUGAAUUAAAAUGUAUCUGGGGCUUUAAUUGUCUAGCAUAUGUAAUUAAUGACCCAACUCAGUGAAAUUGAACAUUCAUCAUGUCAUCUUAAAGAAUGUAAUGUUUAACAACUUGAUCAGGGGCACCAGUAGCAGGCAGAAGAAAGUGCAUAACACUGCUGUAAUGGUUGAGCUAGCAAACAGAAUUCACAUUAGUAACAGUUGAAUAACCUUUUCCUAACGCUGGACUUCUUCCAGAGAUUGUUAAUGAGAGAAAGACUCAGAACCAGAUUCUGAUGCAACAUCUCUUGAAUUAGAGAUGUCAGAAAAGAGUCACUGUGCACUAACCUUAUAAUACCAAAACAUCUACUGUACUUACAAAUUACAUAUUUUACAGUUUAAUAUACCAAUUGUAUAAAAACAUGUACAUACAAUCCAUUAUUGUCAAUAUAUAUCAAAGCAGGCUGUAUAUACUGUACAUAGAUGUGUAGAAAUGCAUGUAGUGUACAAUAACCACCUACGGUAUGUUUAUAACCCAUACUACCCAUAAUAUUUAUUUUAGCACUCUUUGCUCUCUCAUUCACCCCUGCAAAAAUUCUAACCCUGUAUAUAGACAUCUAUAUCUACUAUUAAACCAUAUUUCACCUACUUCACCUACUAGCGCUGUUGUCCUUGUUUUAAGAGAGCUGGUCAAUUUCCUUGUAUACCGAAGCAGCUGAUUCUGAUUCUCCUUCUCAGAAGAUUUGGAGUUACCUUGAAACAGUCAUACACCAGAGAGCAUGAGGUCCCCUUAUUACCCAGCAAGGUCAGUGCUUUUCCGCAAGGAGCCAAAUGGAGUGACAUACAGGGUCCCAGCCCUGCUCUACCUGUCCCGCUCUAGAUCCUUCCUGGCCUUUUGUGAGGAGAGACUCAGCCCAUCCGACUCUCAGGCUCACCUGCUGGUCAUGAGGAAAGGCACUUUCUAUAGGAACUAUGUGGAGUGGGAGGACAUGCGUGUCCUGGGCACUGCCUUCCUGCAAGGCCACCGGUCCAUGAACCCGUGCCCAGUGUACGAUGAGUUUACAGGUACUCUCUUCUUGUUCUUCAUCGCCGUCCUCGGCCACACCUCGGAGUCCCAUCAGCUGGUGACGGGGAAGAAUGUGACUCGUCUCUGCUACAUCUGCAGCACUGAUGACGGAGACACCUGGAGUCCUGUCACCGACCUAACCAAGAGGGUCAUAGGAGACACUAUCAAAGAAUGGGCCACUUUCGCUCUCGGCCCCGGUCACGGCAUCCAGCUGAAGUCAGGUCGUCUGCUGAUUCCUGCCUACUCUUACCACAUCGAGUGCAAAGAGUGCUUUGGACAGAUCUGCCAGACCACUCCCCAUGCCUUCUGCUUUCACAGUGACACCCACGGGCGAACCUGGCGCUUCGGGGAGCCGGUGCCAUGGCCGGAGAGUGUGGAGUGUCAGAUGGUGUCUGUGGAUGAAGAGGAUGGGACCAACGUGUUGUACUGUAAUGCGCGCAGCCCUCUGGGAUACAGGGUGCAGGCCCUCAGUCUGGAUGAUGGAGCGGUGUUUCAGGAGGGGCAGCUGGUGCAGCGGCUGGUGGAGCCUCGGAACGGUUGUCAUGGUAGCAUUGUGGGAUUUCCUGCCCCAUUACAUUUAUGUAAUUCUCUUUACCAUCACUUAAACCAGCCUGUGCAUCACUCCAGACACUGGACAUCCUGCAUGACCUGCUCAAGUAACACCAACUCUCCCUCUCCAAACAUUACCACUUCACCCAAUCAUAGUGCCCCUCCAGAUUUCCUAACCCCCACCUGGGUAGUAUACUCCCACCCAACAUGGACCACCGCACGCAAAGAUCUCGGUGUGUUCCUCAGCCUAUUUCCCCGCGAUCCAGACAGUUGGCGUGGCCCCUGGGUGAUCUACGAGGGCCCCAGCGCCUACUCUGACCUCGCCUAUCUAGAGUUGCCAUCCUCACCUGGUGCACCGCCCGCUGUGGCCUUCGCCUGCCUGUUCGAGUGUGGUACAAACACCGCCUACGAUGAAAUCUGCUUCAGCAUCUUCACUCUCUACGAGCUUAUUGACAAUCUGCCCCGAAAUGUGCAGUUGGGAUGUGACAAUGACAAAAGUAAAAGACAGCAGAAUGAAGUCUCUGAGACGAGUCGGAGUUGUACACAUAGAAGUGAUGCUCAAAGUACACCAGUUUUCCAUGAGGUGAAGAAUCGGAGGAAGAAGAGCAAGUUGACUGAGAUGUGCUGUGUGUCUUAGAUGUAGUUUUUAAGCUCGUCUAAGUCUUCCAAUAACGGUUUUCUAUAUACACUCAGUAGCCACUUUACUAGGUACACCUGCACAGUCUAAUGCAUUCCAGUACAACUGAUCUGCCAUAAAGUCAGCUUUUUUCAAACUGUCAUAGAGGAGUUAAUUAAAUUAUAUGUUUUAGCAUUGCUGCGAUGGACUGGCGACCUGUCCAGGGUGUACCCGCCUUUCGCCCGAUGUCAGCAGGGAUUGGCUCCAGCCCCACGCGACCCUGUACGCAGGAUAAGCGGUUGACGAUGAAUGGAUUGAUGGUUUUAGCAUUGAGGGCAUAGUUAGGGGUGGUGUGUACUGGACUGCAUUACAUUCAGAGGUGUUUCUAAUGUUCCCAUGUAUGUAAAUAGGAGCACAAUUUUUUAAACACCUCUCAAUAUAAUGUAAUUUAGUACAACAUUACUUUUAACUGAUCUGUGUCAUAAAGUCAUAACUCCUUUAUAAAUCCAAAUCUUAAACCGCGUAGAUUUUGCAUUUUAACUACCCCAGAUUGACAGGACACGGUUAGUUUGGUCCUAAUUAAUGAUAGACAGAUUAAUCGGGCAUUUUGAGAUAAAAUAUUACAUUAUAGAGAUAUCUGAGAUACCUGCACUCACAAGGCUAAAAAACAAAUAAUGUCUACAAGGCACAUCUGCAGGCAGCCUUGUCAGUGUGGUUGCUGUGGACUCCCCCUUGUGAGUUUUGGGAAGGUGGCGAAAAAGUUGGUUUCAAGCCCUAAACUUUUCUAAAUAUUAACACAUUUCUCCUAAAUGAGUGCAAAUGUAUUCUAAACCCAUUACUGGCUAAGGUUAAAUAUAAAUUGUUAUACUGUAGAGAAUAAUGCAGUUGAAUGACUUCACUUCUCACAAACUGUACCCCACUCUUCCUUAAACAUCUGUUAUGUUCUGAAAUCUGCCGCAUAACCCAAUGUAUUUUUCUCUGUCAUUACCUAAUAAAAGUUCCAUCUAAAACAACA